UGAAGCGGCAGACUCAAAUCCAACAAAACAGCUCUAGAAACGGCGCUCGAAGGUUAAUUUAGCCAACGAUUUAAGAAACUGAGAGGGAAACUAAACAAAAAGAGGCAGUACAACUUUUUUAUGAGAUCUUUACUUCACUCCUUACCACCAUGAAGACGUCUAAAGCACCAACACAAAGCCUUGCCAAAGAGGAUUGUGAUGUUUGGCUGGACACUGUGCAGCUCAAAGGAAAAGCAAAGCAGAAACGAGUGGCUCGUCCUAUUUCUAAAUUGCUGAACCCCUUCAGUGAUGGUGGAGGAUACAACUUGGCUGUUGCACUCAACUUCACUCAAACCAAAAUGGAAAUGCCAAAGACCAAGCAAAGCUCUUUAUCAACUUUUUUCACACCUUAUCGAAGAGUCCUCCAUAAGUCUUCUGAAGUACCAAACCGGGAUGGAGUGAAGUCUCUCUCAUCAUGCACCCUAACUGCAUCAACAACCACAGCCUCUGAGAGAAAACGAAAACAUGAUGCAUGUCUUGAGAAGUCUGACCUGUAUGAAUCUGAUACUUUUGUGGAUUGUAAGAGGGAAAGUGGAAAAGUGCUGGAUGCACCUUCAUUAAACAUGUACUGUGAAUCUGAAGAAAAGAAGACUGAAGAGUGUAAAUCCCCUGAGGGCAAGAGGAGGCUCACCGAUGCAUCCCUGUUGCGUGAUGAGAGUCAGUCUCCUCCACAGACAUGGAGUCAAGACCCGCUCUUCACCUGCAGCCAGUUCCCUGAAAGUGAACUUUACCCACUGGACCAGCAAUACACCACAGAAAAGAACGUUGGCAGUUCAGAGACAAGUUUUCUUGGUUGUCUGCAAAGUGAGGAGGCCUUUGGAAAACUGAUAGAUGUAAAGGGAAGAACCUCAACUCAAAAACUGUUGACCACUUCUACCUGUCAGAUGGACGAAGACAAGGAAAACAGCAGGUCAUUGUCCUCUGAUUCCCCUUUUAAAAACUCUUCUUUCUCUCACCAUGGCUCUCCUUCAGAUCACAGAUCACAAAAACACACAGGUCACCUGUGGAAUAAGGCUGGAAAAGAGGUAUGCUUUGGUUCAGAGCUGACACAACGGAGCAGCUCUCCACUUAAGAAACUACAGCAGAGAAGCAGGGAGGUGGAUGAUGACAGUUUGGCCAUGUUGUUCACUCAGGACUCUGAAGGUUUCAGGGUGAUAGCACAUCGAGGACUGCAAACCAGGAGUCCACUCAAAGAUCAGAGUAAUCUAAACACUGGGAUGGUUAGAACUAGUGCUUACAAACCUGCAGCGGUUGAGGAGGAGGACGAGGAUGACAUGCUCUUUACUCAAGACUCUCAGGGAAACAUGGUGAUCAAACACUGAAAUGCAUUCUAAUGUGCUCUUGAGUGAAUUUGAAUGUGGCUGUUGGAGCAUUAAAAAGCUGAAAUACAGUAUACCCUCUUUAUUAAUGUUUAUAUUAUUUGUGAUUGUCUUCUUACGUUGUCACAUAUGUGGAUAUUCUUGUUAUUGCUGGAGAUUUUUGUGUUUUUAUUAGAGCUUCUUUUUGUUUUCAUCAUCUUUCUCCCUGUUUUAAUUUGUCAUGCAAGACGAAAACCCAAAGGAACCAGAACUGUCAAGUUUUGAGUUUAUUUUUUUUAAAAGUACCUUUACAUCAAUUCUUGUGUUAAUUAGGUGUAUUAGUGUUGAAAAUGAUCAUCUUUCCAACACUGGUGCCAUAUGCUUAAACUUAAAAAUAAAGGUGUGUGUGUAUAUAUAAAAAGACAAAUAAAGCACUCAAGUGUGUUGCUAAUGAUAUUUUUUAUAAUUUGCAGGUAAAGAACCAGGUUUUUAUUAACAUGACCAGUUAAUGUAAUGUCUGCAGCAGCACAUGGGACCUUUUCUUGUGCAAUAUCUCAGCUCAUUCCUUAUACUAAACAGGUUUAUGCACUGACAAGAAAGCACCUGCAGCAAUUAAUGUGAGAAUGGAGAAUAUUGCAGUAUUCAUAAUAAUAAUAAUAAUUCAUGUGCUUGUUUAAAUGUUACCGUUUUUCAUACA